CAGGAGGCGGCGCUGGCUGGCGGCUGCGCUCGCUCCAGUCUGCAAGCGGAGCAGCGAGCGAGCGUGUGUGUGUGUGUGUUUUUUAAAGAUGGCCGGAGCGGCGGCGGCGGGGGCCGCGGGAGCAGCAGCUGGAGCCGCCGCGGCAGCCGUGUCGGUGGCGGCUCCGGGCCGGGCCUCGGCAGCCCCGCCGCCCCCGCCGGUGUACUGUGUGUGCCGGCAGCCGUACGACGUGAACCGCUUCAUGAUCGAGUGCGAUAUCUGCAAGGACUGGUUCCACGGCAGCUGUGUUGGAGUAGAAGAACAUCAUGCCGUUGACAUUGACCUGUAUCACUGUCCCAACUGUGCACUUCUACAUGGUUCCUCCUUGAUGAAAAAGAGGAGGAACUGGCACAGGCACGACUACACGGAGAUUGAUGACGGUUCCAAACCAGUGCAGGCUGGGACUAGAACUUUCGUGAAGGAACUGCGUUCUCGAGUCUUCCCAAGUGCCGAUGAAAUCAUUGUAAAGAUGCAUGGCAGCCAGCUGACACAAAGGUACCUGGAGAAACACGGAUUUGAAGUCCCUAUAAUGGUCCCCAAAUUAGAUGAUCUGGGACUCAGGCUCCCGCCACCAACUUUUUCUGUCAUGGAUGUGGAACGUUAUGUAGGUGGUGACAAAGUAAUAGAUGUCAUUGAUGUGGCAAGGCAGGCAGACAGCAAAAUGACACUUCACAAUUACGUGAAAUACUUCACGAAUCCCAGCAGACCAAAAGUGUUAAACGUGAUCAGCCUUGAAUUUUCAGAUACAAAGAUGUCUGAAUUGGUGGAGGUUCCUGAUAUAGCCAGAAAACUUUCCUGGGUGGAAAAUUAUUGGCCAGAUGAUUCAGUCUUUCCCAAGCCAUUUGUUCAGAAAUACUGCUUAAUGGGAGUUCAAGACAGCUACACAGAUUUCCACAUUGAUUUUGGUGGGACUUCAGUUUGGUACCAUGUCCUCUGGGGCGAGAAGGUUUUUUAUUUGAUAAAGCCAACAGAUGACAAUUUGGCCCUCUAUGAAUCUUGGAGUUCAUCUGUGACCCAGAGUGAAGUGUUCUUUGGAGAUAAGGUGGAUAAAUGCUACAAAUGUGUGGUAAAGCAGGGACAUACCUUAUUUGUUCCUACAGGGUGGAUUCAUGCUGUGCUCACUUCUCAGGACUGUAUGGCUUUUGGGGGGAACUUUCUGCACAACCUUAACAUUGGCAUGCAGCUCAGGUGUUACGAGAUGGAAAAAAGACUUAAAACACCAGAUCUUUUCAAAUUCCCUUUCUUUGAAGCCAUAUGUUGGUUUGUAGCCAAAAACUUGCUGGAAACCCUAAAAGAACUGAGAGAAGAUGGUUUUCAGCCUCAGACUUACCUAGUACAGGGAGUGAAAGCGCUGCAUACUGCUUUAAAAUUAUGGAUGAAAAAAGAACUUGUAUCUGAACAUGCCUUUGAAAUUCCAGACAAUGUUAGACCUGGACAUCUUAUUAAAGAACUUUCUAAAGUAAUUCGAGCAAUAGAGGAGGAAAACGGCAAACCAGUUAAAUCUCAGGGAAUCCCUUCUGUGUGUCCAGUUUCACGGUCCUCAAGUGAAGCAGCUUCCCCAUACCAUUCCCGACGAAGGAUGCGGAAACUUCGAGACCACAAUGUCCGAACUCCUUCCAACCUCGACAUCCUGGAGCUCCACACGAGGGAGGUGCUCAGAAGACUGGAGAUGUGUCCCUGGGAAGAGGACAUCCUGAGCUCAAAACUGAAUGGAAAAUUCAACAAACAUCUCCAGCCAUCUUCCACAGUACCUGAAUGGAGAGCGAAAGAUAAUGAUCUUCGAUUACUGCUGACAAAUGGAAGGAUAAUUAAGGAUGAGAGACAACCCUUCACAGAUCAGAGUCUUUAUACAGCAGAUAGUGAAAAUGAAGAGGAUAAGAGAAGGACAAAAAAGGCAAAAGUGAAGAUGGAAGAGAGUUCAGGAAUAGAGGGAGUGGAGAAUGAAGAGUCUCAAAAACCACUUAACAGGUUUUUAACAAGUGUGAAAUCAGAACUCAGGAAUCGAUCAUCUGAAUAUUCUGAUAUUUCUGAUUCAGAAGACUCUGGACCUGAUUGCACUGCACUGAAAAAUAAUUUUACCACUGAAGAGUCUGAAAGUUCAGGUGAUGAAAAGAAACAAGAGAUAACAUCAAACUUUAAGGAAGAAUCUAAUGUGAUGAGGAACUUCCUUCAAAAGAGCCAAAAGCCAUCUCGAAGCGAAAUUCCAGUUAAAAGGGAAUGUCCUACCUCGACGAGCACAGAGGAAGAAGCUAUUCAGGGCAUGCUGUCUAUGGCAGGGUUGCACUAUUCCACGUGUUUACAAAGGCAGAUUCAAAGCACAGACUGCGGUGGUGAAAGACCCUCUCUCCAGGACCCCAGCAGCUGCCACAGCAGUAACCAUGAGGUCAGGCAGUUGUAUCGCUGUGAUAAGCCAGUGGAAAGUGGAUAUCAUGUCAAGACUGAAGAUCAAGAGUUGAGGAGUUCUUCCUGGAUUAAACAAUUUGAUACAACUUCCAGAUUUAAUCUUCAGGAUCUAAAUAGAGGCCAGAAAUGCAUCAAGAAGGAAGUUUCAUCAGAAAUCAGUCAGAAAGUACAAAGUAGGAAUUCUGUGGACAGCAGUGGCUCAAGCCUUCAGAAUGCAAAGUAUACGCAGAGUUCAAGCUUGAUAUCAGGGGCGUGCCAGCUAAGUAACGGCAGUAUAAGCCCAGAAAGGCCUGUUGGUGAAACUUCCUUUUCAGUGCCCCUUCACCCCACCAAGAGACCUGCGUCAAAUCCACCACCUAUCAGCAACCAGGCAACAAAAGGUAAACGUCCAAAAAAAGGAAUGGCAACAGCCAAACAGCGUCUCGGGAAGAUCCUUAAACUGAACAGAAAUGGCCACGCACGUUUCUUUGUGUGACGGAGCUGCGGCCGUGGCCACUAUUCCCUUCGGAGACUGGUCUUGGGGUGCGGGAGCCUGGAGCUUCCACGCGCCCCACUGAAGCAGUUUGCAUGUACAGUAGGGAACACUGCCUGAAGAACAAAAUGAACCUGAUGCUGCAUUUUCACUGUGCCACACCCACUCAGCAAUAACCAUUUUGGACCUGGUGGGGAGAGGAAGAAGGAGGGUAGAACCUUAAAAAGAGACCUUGAACUGGAAAGGGUCUCUUGUCAGGGCUUGAAUUUCAUUUUGUUGUUGGUAGUGUUUUGAUUUAUUUUCAGUGAUAGGGUAAAGAAUUAUCAGUAAUUUAUUUAACAGAUUUUUUUUUUUAAAGUUAACAGCUUUUAAAUUCUUUCUUUUUUAAAGCUAUUUAUUUGGAAGAUUUCUGGAGAAAUAUCUCACUAAUUUAGAUUUAAGAAUGUGAAGGUUUUUAAAUUAUUUUUGAUAGUGUGUAUGUUACACGUGGGGAAGAGCCACGGUAACAGUAACUAGUCUGGACUCUUAAAUUUGCUAUUCAGGUUAAAGUCUUAAACAGGGAUUUGAUGCAUUAAUUAUUUUAAAUUAAGAUGUAUAUGAAAAUCAUUUUAUUUUAUAUAUUUCAUGUGUUUUUUAUAAGCUAUUAGCUUCGCUUUUGCUAACAUCCAAGGUGCAUACUGUUAUCCAGGUCGAUUACCUAUGUCCCACCUUCCCUCUGCACUCCCCCUCAUUUCGUGACGACACAGACUCUUCUCUUUGCAGGGAAACACUUUCGUAGCCAGUGUGUAAGAACUACAUUCAAGACCCCACAUUUCUCAUUUCGUUUGACAUUGCAGUUUUCUUCUAAAUAGAAAAAUAGGCUUCUUGCAUUUUCACUUUUGCUGAUGAUAUCUGGGUCCCAAAGAGUACAGCUUUAAUAUCUUUUCCCUACUUGUGGGAAAAGUAUUAUAAGUUUGAUUAAAUUGUCAUGUUUGUAGUUUUCCAAAUACAUUUGUAACUCCAGAGGGCCUUCUUCAUACUGCUGGUGUUGGAGGGCAGGGCCAGCACCUGCCACAGAGGUUAUAUUUUAUGAUGCUUUUAUUCUGUAUACCUAAUCUGUUGGAAAAUAUGAAAUAUGGUUUGACUUAGAAUAUUCAAAUCUGCAUAAUAAGCCGUAAUAUAAUAAGACUAUACUAUAUUAAGUUGUAUAGAAGCAAGCAUGUUGGAGUAGAUGAAUUGGGUGUGUAUGUGUGUGUGUGUGUGUGUGUGUGUGUGUGUUUAGUUUUUUAUUUCUUAACCUUCUAAUGAGUUAUUUAAGAUGUGGAUUUGGAGUAAAAUGGGUGCUUUUUGCAGUUUCUUCCAUCUGUCCUAACUUAACCAGUGCAUAGUGAGGUUAAGUAUCCGGUUGAGCUUUAAAGAAUCAUUUAUCUCCUUUGUGCACAAUUUUUACUAAAUGCCAGUUUUCAGCUGCUUGCAAUAGCUUAUGUUUUCCUCUCCGCCUGUGACAUAAAAACAAGUAAUUUCUUGUUUCUUGGGGGGUGGGGUGGAGAUAUUUCCAGUUCUGACAGUAGAGCAUUUUAUAAGUUCCUACAAAAAAUACAGGCAAAUUGGAUAAAAUUUAUUUUUAUGGAAAAGAAAUAUGGCCAUAUUAUGGAUUUGUCUUUUUUUUUUUUCCACUCAGCAAGGUAGCAGGACUUUCCCUUUUAAGUAUCACUUGAAGAGCUAAGAAAAAAGAAGUCUAUACCAUUGUCUUUCAUGGUUACAUUCAAAUGUAUUUUCAAAGAGAAAUAUUUCUUACUCUGUUUCCAUUCCAGUGUUUCAUGGAAUAUAUAUAUAUCUUAUGAAUUAGCCUUUUUGGUUUAAUGAUUGGACCACUGUCUGGGUCUUAUCUGGGUUUCAGGAAGAAUAUUUUUGGAAGUACUAAAUGUUUAUAAUUGGCUGACUCAAAACUCUGUCUACACUAUGCCAAAACUAGGUAAGAAGUAGGUACAGUCAAUCAUUUGGCUGGUCAUCAGAUCUCAAGAUAUGAAAACUGUGGGUUUGCGUGAUUCUCCCACCUUCCCUACACAAUAUAGUACUGUGAUGUUUUGGUUUUCUGUAGAUAAACCAUUUUAGUGUUAUAGUACACAUGUUUUGGUUUUAGUUUAGAAAUAAGAAUUAUAAUUUCUUUUUCCAGCUACAUUAUGAUCUGGGUUCUUUUGUUGUCUUUACAUUUUUCACAGCUUUAAGUAUUUUUAAUUACCUUUUUUUUCUUUAGCCAUAAAAAUGAAAAUAAAUUAAUUUAUUUUUAUGAAUUAAAAUUGUGGCCAGUAUCUGCCCUGUGUACUUAGGCCAAUAAAUACUAAUUUAAAGUAGCCAGUAUAUGGAACUUCUAAGUGAAGGUACUGUGGAUUCAUUUUUGGCAGUGUUAAUUAUUAAUUAGCCCAUUAACUGGCUAAGUUUUAAGUAAGAUGAAAUAACCACUAAAAUAGAAUACAUGUAAACUUUUUGUGAAUUGGUAAAAAUUCAGCCACUGAAUCCAGUGAGCUCCAUAGUCAAAGCUCUUAUAAAAUCACUGACUGUGCUGCAUCCCUGCAUCUCAUGGAAAUGACUGAACUUUGAAGUGACUGCCGCCAGCGUCCAGACUCGACUGUAAUACCCUUUCGUCUUUCCCUCAGUCUCAUUUAUAAAUAAUACCACCCUACAGACACUGCAACUUAGGAAGACAGCAGUGGUGGCAUUUAGUUAGUUAUAAGCAAAUACAAAUAAUAACCAACAAUUAUCAUUUAACGUAUGCAAUUUUAAUUGUAGUAGCAGGUAAUCAUUUUCCUUUAUUGAUUCAAAUAAGUGACUUCUGUUAACCUGGGAUCCACUGUACUCUAUUCAUAAUAUCACAUAAUACUAAGCUCUCCAGUAUUGAUUAAUGAUGUAAACUCUACAACACUGGCAGUUCAUAAUAGUCCAAUAUCCUAGAAAUACUUCGAACUUAAUGAGCAUCAGUUGAUUUUUAAAGCAUACAGAAUUGAAAAUUCUAACCAAAACCAUCUUAUGAACUCAGAAAACAAGCUCAUCUGUAUCACUACUUAAAUACUCAGCACUGAAUACUGCUCUAUUUUUUAAUCCAAUUAUUGCCUUUUUAAUGAACUCUACUGUAUUUAUUCAUAUGAGAUCAGAUAUUUAUCAUGCAUCUACUAUGUGCCCAGCGCUACUUAGUACUGUGGGAGUGGGGGGAUAUAAAGUUGGAGUUGUGAUCUCUGCUCUUGAAGGUAUUCUUCUCUAGGAAAUAAGCAGUAUUAUUUUCACUUCUAAGGAAACUUAAACAAAAGAGGGCCCAUUCAUAGAAAAAACAAGACAUAACUUUAUUAGUUUCAGUGGAGAUACACUCUACAACUAUAGAAGUAAAAAAAAAUUUUUCAAAAUAUAAAAGACAUUUCAAAAAUCAAUAAUUUAAUGUUCAUAAUCACAGGGGCAUGUUAUAGCAUGAAAGGAGCAGAAGACCAGAUGUUCGUCCAAGUUCUGCCCUUUAUAUUUUAGUUGCGUGACCAUGAAUAAGUCACUUAUUCUUUCUGAGUCUUAGUUUUCUCAUUUGUAAAUUUGGAUCAAAACUCAAGAAAAACAUAGAAAAGUGUUAUUUACACUUCAUAUUUGCAGAGAACUUAUGAUAAGUACAACUGACAACGAAUGUACAUUUAUGUGCAUUUUUAAAUGAAAACUGCUGUUACUCAUAAAAUUUGCUUCACAUCAAAUAUAUGCCCAGAGCAUGCUACCUAAAGAAAAAAACUGAAGAAUCUCUUAACAAGGUGCUGAAUUAGAAUCAGUGCGUGAAGUGAAAGAAAAAGGAAUGAGAUAGUUUGUGGAGAAGAGUGAGAAUGUUUAUCCUCAAGUAAUCAUUAAGAUAAUUAGAUGAUUUAAAGUAAUUAAAAUUAGUUUGAGUUCUUCUCAAAGAGUACUGCUUCACAGAUUCUAGGUACUCUUCAAGGCACUAGAAUAGGGUAAAAUAAAUUAUGGAAUUAGGUUGGUUUAGCAACUACUCACAGUAGUAGGGCAGGAAAAUAAGAUGGAAGAAUAAUGGGGGAUCAGCAAAGACAGCUCUGAGUUGCCCAACAAUGGCUCAUUGGGUAGAUAGAAACCACUGUAGUGUAGGAAGGGAGUCUUGAAGCUUCAGAAGAAAAGAUUUUGCUUUUUGCAAGAAGUGCUCUCUAGUGAUGUCACCUCCCCAAAAAGUUGAUGAAUAACUGGCCCAGUAUACUGCUGUCGUAGUAGAUAUUGCAGUGUAUAAGCAUUUUAUGAUUUCAUGUUAAGAGAUGAGGCCUUCAUUAUAAAUUUGAAAUUUUUUCAAAACUUCAUUUUUCUCAUUAGUUAUUAAGCUAAUUGCUUCCUCCAAAAAGAGAAGUUAAAGGUCAGUCAUUUUCAGAUGCCCCAGAUUUCCGUUUAAAGCAGUUUUGAGAAGGUUGAACAUCUGAUCUUUAGCUUAAGAAGAGACAAAUGAAACCCAGAGAGGGCGGUGACCAGCUGGGGGCACAGUGGAUACUAGACCUCUGGUACUUUGCUCCCUACAGCAGCCCCUCUUCUGUGACACUGCAGCCUCGGCUCAUCUGUGGUGGGUGAUGUUGAUAUGCUUCCUGGAAGCCAGGGGGAAAGACAGAGGAAGUGACAUACUCACUACAUUGCUGUUGAACGUAAUAGAAUUUUAAUGCUGUAGCCUUACUAAACAACCUUCCCUUAUUUUUCUUAUUUUUCAGUGAAUGUCAUGCCAUAGUCAAAUAUUUGAUACCCCUUACCUAAAAAUUUAAGUUAAGGACAUUAAGAAGCAAAUGCCUAUUUCCAAAGCAAUUAGCUUAUCAUGACUGUAGUUUUGUUCUGUUAUGGUAUUUCUUUUUUUCUUCAGUGGGUAGAGGAAACUUAAUACUCAUUUACCUGCAUUCUACUCCUUAGGGUCUCCCUCUCACCCUUCCUGUUCUUUUCUAAUGUCCUGAAGCUUUGUCUUAACAAGUGUAAUAUUGAAUUUUUUUCUUGUUAAAGCCUUUUUGAAACUGUGUUCAGUGAUUCUUCCAACAAGUUUUAUCUGCUCUGCACUAUUUCACUAAUAAACCUUGGCUACCACGUAGCCCAAGACCUCCAAGUAGUUUACCUAUGCAAGACCUGUGACGUUCUGAAUUCACUUUUAUUUCAGAAGACAACCUUAAAUGGAACUUAAUCAUAAAGAUAAACCUUGCCUCCACCCAGUUUUAUUUUGGCCAUUUCCUUUUCAAAGUGUCAGUUGUUUUCCCCCAAGAUUUUUCACCAAAACAAUGAUCAUAAGUGCUAGAAUAUAUAAUAUUUUGCAGGAAAAAAACCCAGAAAUACUCAUAUUUCUUUGGUGGAUUUUGGUGGAUAAUCAUUACCAGCAGCAGGUGUAAUAUAUAAUAAGGAGUUGAUUCCUUGCCUAGAAUCAUUUCUUCCCUCUAAGAUUCAUAGGAUUCACCUUUUAUUUUUGCAAAGCAUACAUAUAACUUCCACAUUAUAGUCAGGGACCUGAGGUGUAACUUGCUAAGUGAACCCCAAGGUUAUUUUAUCUUGCAAAAGAAACCUAAACCAAACUAAGGGCCUUACAUUUAUGGUUAGACUGAAUCAAAAGCUAUAACCUCAGUUUUUCCAAAAACAGCUUCUGACUGCAAAGCAAGUCAUGCAGUUGUUAGGUAUGAAAUAGCACUGAUCAGGAAAUGCACAUGCAUCUUGGCAGACCGCGUUUCCUUCCGAAAAGACUUUUCUACUUUUAAUAUAAAUUAAGCCAUAACAGUUUCAUGCUGUGGAAAGAGGGUGAAAAGGUUCAUUUUAAGAGAUUAUAUAAUAUGAAUUUUCACAUUUGCUGUGAAAUGUCUAACUUCGCCAGUGCUUCAGCAGGUUUGUUUGAUUUGGGGGGGGGGCUGGGGGGAGGGUAGAGGGUGGUGGCAGGGAGGGGUAGUCUUGGUUUUAGGGGGUUGAAAUCUGUGAAGUUUGAAAAGGGACAGUUGUUGGCUCUGGUAUUUACUAGUUUUGUAGUAAUGUUUUGCUAGCCUGACUGACUUUCCUGACCUGAUUUUCAUGCCCAUGGUCCCAGGUGACUGGUAGCCUUUCUCGUUCGGGGUGUCUGCAGAGUAGUGUCUUGUUGUGUGGGUAGGCAGUCAGCGUGUGUGCACAUGUGUGUCCUUUGAAUACAGAAGCACACUGUGACGGCGGAGUGGGGUGUGGCUGGGAAGUGGGGUGCUGAAGCUUUAAGAGCAUUUUUUUUUUCCGAUUCAUAACAGUAUUUCCCAUCUUUUGCCUGCAGGCAGGGAAAGUGUACAGUAUUUAUUUUGUUUCUGUUUUAAAUUUGUAAGUUUUUAAGUAGUUUACAUUGAUUAUUAUAGAGAAGGACAAGUGACUUGUUUAAAGUUGUAUUUGGUAUUCCUACUUUUCAAUUUCUGUAUUUUAAAAUAUUGAAAUUAAAAUUGUAUUCUGUUUUGAUUUUUUUUUUUUUAGCACUCGGUGUAUUUUUUGCUCCUUUUGUUUGAAAGUAUAAAUGUUGAAAGUUGUAUAAAAUGUGUCUUUGAAAGAAAAAAAUCUGAAUUCUAUAUCC